AUGACGGAGCUGAAGCUAUCCGAAACCCGCGACCUGACGCGCAUAGAGCGCGUGGGAGCUCACUCUCACAUCCGCGGCCUUGGUCUCGACUCCUCAUUACAGCCACGCGAUGUCUCCGAAGGUAUGGUCGGCCAGAUCAACGCCCGGAAAAGCGCCGGCAUCAUUCUUCAAAUGAUAAAGGACGGAAUAAUCGCCGGACGCGCUGUUCUUCUCGCCGGACAACCCGGAACCGGCAAAACCGCCAUCGCCAUGGGGAUGGCGAAGUCUCUUGGCCUCGAAACGCCGUUUGCUAUGAUCGCCGGAAGCGAGCUCUUCUCGCUCGAGAUGUCGAAGACUGAAGCCCUAACACAAGCCUUCCGUAAAGCUAUCGGUGUUCGUAUCAAGGAAGAAACGGAGGUGAUUGAAGGUGAGGUUGUUGAGGUUCAGAUUGAUCGUCCGGCGGUUUCUGGUGCGGCUGCGAAGACAGGGAAGUUGACACUGAAGUCGACGGAGAUGGAAACUGUCUACGACCUUGGCGCGAAGAUGAUUGAGGCCAUUGGGAAGGAGAAGGUGACGAGCGGUGAUGUCAUUGCCAUUGAUAAGGCAUCAGGGAAGAUUACCAAGCUUGGUAGAUCGUUCUCGAGGUCGAGGGAUUUUGAUGCUAUGGGACCGCAGGUGAAGUUUGUGCAGUGUCCUGAUGGAGAGUUGCAGAAGAGGAAGGAGGUUGUUCAUUGUGUUACUCUUCAUGAGAUUGACGUUAUUAAUAGCAGUGGCGCCAUGGCUGCUAUGGCUGUUAUACACAGAGUUGUUAAUCCCGGAUAG